CCUGCUGGACCUGGUGAUCCUGCUUCCGUACAAAGGGAAAGAGCCUCCACCUACCUUCUCUCCUUCCCUCCCCGGUUCCUCACUCCCUCUCUCCCCCUCGGGCUGGCAGGAUUCCUCGGGCAGAGCAUGCAAUCAGUUUGCAGGGAGCAGCCGCAGCCAGAGGAAAGAUGCAGAAGCACAAUCAGAAGGAGCACCUCUACAAGCUGCUGGUGAUCGGGGACCUGGGAGUGGGCAAAACCAGCAUCAUCAAACGUUAUGUCCAUCAGAACUUCUCCCCCCACUACCGGGCCACCAUCGGAGUGGACUUUGCCUUGAAGGUGCUGAACUGGGAUGCUGAGACUGUAGUACGGCUGCAGCUCUGGGAUAUUGCAGGUCAGGAGAGAUUUGGAAACAUGACCAGGGUAUAUUACAGAGAGGCCAUGGGGGCAUUUAUUGUCUUUGACGUUACGAGACCUGCGACAUUUGAAGCAGUGACAAAAUGGAAAGAGGAUUUGGACUCUAAGUUGGUUCUUCCAAAUGGCAAACCUGUUCCGACUGUCCUUUUAGCGAACAAAUGCGACCAGGGAAUAGAUGUUCUUAUGAACAACGGCAUCAAGAUGGAGCAGUUCUGCAAAGAGAAUGGGUUCGUGGGCUGGUUUGAAACAUCAGCCAAGGCCUUAUAUCGCAAAACAAAUGAUAUGUGA